AUGGAUGACAAGUCAGCGGCAACCCAGGGACCCCCUCCCACCCAAAGCGGCAACCCAGGGACCCCCUCCCACCCAAAGCAGCGACCCAGGGAAUCCCUCCCACCCAAAGCAGUGACCCAGGGAACCCCUCCCACCCAAAGCGGCAACCCAGGGACCCCUCCCACCCAAAGCAGCGACCCAGGGAAUCCCUCCCACCCAAAGCGGCGACCCAGGGAAUCCCUCCCACCCAAGGCGGCGACCCAGGGAAUCCCUCUCACUCAAAGCGGCGACCCAGGGAAUCCCUCCCACUCAAAGCGGCGACCCAGGGAAUCCCUCCCACCCAAAGCGGCGACCCAGGGAAUCCCUCCCACCCAAAGCGGCGACCCAGGGAAUCCCUCCCACUCAAAGCGGCGACCCAGGGAAUCCCUCCCACUCAAAGCGGCGACCCAGGGACCUCCUCCCACCCAAAGCGGCGACCCAGGGACCCCCUCCCACCCAAAGCGGCGACCCAGGGACCCCCUCCCACCCAAAGCGGCGACCCAGGGAUCUCCUCCCACUCAAAGCGGCGACCCAGGGAAUCCUCCCACCCAAAGCGGCAACCCAGGAAUCCCUCCCAUUCAAAGCGGCGACCCAGGAAUCCCUCCCACCCAAAGCAGUGACCCAGGGACCCCUCCCACCCAAAGCGGCAACCCAGGGAUCCCCCUCCCAUUCAAAGCAGCAACCCAGGGAAUCCCUCCCACUCAAAGCGGCGACCCAGGGACCCCUCCCACCCAAAGCGGCGACCCAGGGACCUCCUCCCACCCAAAGCGGCGACCCAGGGACCUCCUCCCACUCAAAGCGGCGACCCAGGGACCUCCUCCCACUCAAAGCGGCGACCCAGGGACCUCCUCCCACUCAAAGCGGCGACCCAGGGAUCUCCUCCCACUCAAAGCGGCGACCCAGGGACCUCCAUCAUACUUUAUCAAAAACAAUACAUGA